GCCGUAUAGGCGGCCAUCAACGUUUCGAUUUUGCGUUUUCUUCGUCCAACUAAACGACGAGUGCGUGCGAACAGAGGUAGCCAAACGGCAGAAGAUGCUUCGCAGUGCGAUCGAGUGAUGUGAACUCUUGAAAAGAAGUGAGCGAUUGCAAUGUGUGAGUGAAUGCGUUCUUGUUGACUUUGUCACGAUUGGAAAAGACUGUUGAAUGUUGAUGCGUUUAGUAUACCUGAGAACAUCGACCGAAAUCCGGAAGCAGCCGAGGGUAACAUCAACCAUAGAAGUGCAAACAGCGAGCAGUGUACCAGCUUGUCAGAUUUUCAUUCUCUGUUGACCUGGGUGAAGCGGAAGCACUGGAAAGGACACCGGAACGAAUUGGUUGCGCGUGCACCGUGUGCCAGGAUCGAGAGUGUGAGUUUGCGAGUGUGAAUGAUUUUUGAGAAAGAUUGCGGACGUCCGUUUCUCUUGGGGGUCAUUCGUUAGUAAAAUCGAAAGCUGUGGAGCGGUGUGCUGUUUAAAGUGUGCGCGAGUAUUCGGAGCACCCGCAAUAAAGAGGUCGUGUCGUGUUGGAUAAGAAGUGUAAAGCUGAAAGGACAUUCAAUUUUGUAACGAAGGUUCAAGUGCGUGUGAGGAAUCAACUUGCGUAACAACGAAACAAAAUGUCAGUGGUGAUGAUUCGUAUGGAGGAAGCCAACAAGCUGUUGGAUUUCUCGCAAAAGUUGGAUAUCGGCCUGUUGGAUAGCGUCGUGGAGUGUCUGUACAAUAGCACAGGGGAACAAUUGAGGCUGGCACAGAACGUACUGACCACGUUAAAGGAACAUCCGGAUGCAUGGACCCGGGUCGACAGCAUCCUUGAGUUCUCGCAAAAUCAGCAAACUAAAUUCUACGCCUUGCAAAUUCUGGAGGAGGUUAUCAAGACUCGCUGGAAAAUUUUGCCCCGAAACCAGUGCGAAGGCAUCAAGAAGUACGUGGUCGGUUUGAUCAUCAAAACUUCCCAGGACGCGGCCGUAAUGGAAGCUAACAAAGUCUAUCUAAACAAGCUUAACAUUAUUUUGGUACAAAUAUUGAAACGCGAAUGGCCCAACAACUGGGAAACGUUUAUCAGUGACAUCGUGGGAGCGUCCAAGACCAAUGAAACCCUCUGCCAAAACAACAUGAUCAUCCUGAAGUUGUUGAGUGAGGAAGUGUUCGACUUCUGUUCGGGUCAGAUCACGCAAACCAAGGCGAAGCAUUUGAAAGACACGAUGUGCUCGGAGUUCUCCCAAGUGUUCCAGCUGUGUCAGUUCGUGCUCGAAAAUUCCUUGAACGCUCCACUUAUAUCGGCCACGUUGGAAACAUUAUUGAAGUUCCUUAAUUGGAUUCCUCUUGGAUAUAUAUUCGAGACAAAGCUGAUCGAUAUGUUGGUCUGCCGCUUCUUGACGAUACCGAUGUUUCGUAACAUUACACUGAAGUGUCUCUCGGAGAUAGCCGGUCUGCAGCUGGCCAACUACGGACACAUUUUCGUAGCUAUGUUCAAGCAGACUAUGGAACAGUUCGAUAACAUGAUCCCGUCCUGCACUAACAUGAACCAGAUUUAUAUGAACGGCUCGGAUGACGAACAAUGUUUUGUACAAAAUUUAGCCAUGUUCUUGUGCACCUUCCUGCGAGUACACUCCGCUCUGGUAGAGAAGCGAGAGACGAUGGAUACAGUGCUCAAAGCGCUCGGCUACUUGGUCAUGAUCUCUGAAGUGGAGGACGUUGAGAUUUUCAAGAUCUGUCUGGAAUAUUGGAAUAGUCUCGCUUCCGAGCUAUACAAGGAAUCGUACAGUUCAAGCCAGCGUCGCACUUUCUACGCUAAGAUACUUUCUAAGGUGCGCUACAUAAUGAUAUCGCGUAUGGCCAAACCCGAAGAGGUACUUGUGGUGGAGAAUGAAAAUGGUGAAGUGGUGCGCGAGUUCAUGAAGGACACCAAUAGUAUUAAUUUGUACAAGAAUAUGCGCGAAACGCUGGUCUAUCUGACCCAUCUGGAUUACGCCGACACCGAGCGUAUCAUGACGGAGAAGCUGUGUCAUCAGGUAAAUGGCACGGAGUUCUCGUGGAAAAACCUGAACACACUGUGCUGGGCUAUCGGGUCUAUCUCCGGUGCCUUUUUCGAGGAUGACGAGAAACGAUUCCUGGUUACCGUAAUCAAGGAAUUGCUCGGACUCUGUGAACACAAGAAGGGUAAAGACAACAAGGCAAUCAUCGCAUCGAAUAUUAUGUAUGUGGUUGGCCAAUAUCCACGUUUUCUGCGGGCCCACUGGAAAUUCUUGAAAACCGUUGUAAAUAAGUUGUUUGAGUUUAUGCACGAAACGCACGAUGGCGUGCAAGAUAUGGCGUGCGAUACGUUCAUAAAGAUAGCCCUCAAAUGCAGACGUCACUUCGUGCAGUUGCAACCAAAUGAAUCGUGCACAUUCAUCGAGGAGAUUCUUGCAACCAUGAGUACGAUCAUCUGCGACUUGCAGCCACAGCAGGUUCAUACGUUCUACGAAGCCGUCGGAUACAUGAUUUCUGCGCAAGUCGACCAAGUUCAGCAGAAUAUUUUAAUCGAAAAGUAUAUGAUGCUACCGAACCAGGUUUGGGAUGAAAUCAUCUCGCAAGCCACGAAAAAUGUCGACAUCCUGAAGGAUAUGGCUGCUGUCAGGCAGCUCGGCAGCAUUUUGAAGACAAACGUGCGAGCCUGCAAGGCUCUCGGUCACGCCUACGUAUCGCAGCUCGGUCGCAUAUAUCUCGAUAUGCUGAACGUGUACAAGAUCAUGUCGGAAAACAUUACACAGGCCAUUUCCAUUAACGGACUUGCCAUCAAUAACCAGCCGCUGAUCAAAGCGAUGCAUGUUGUCAAGAAGGAAACCCUCUCGCUCAUAUCCGAGUGGGUAUCGAAAUCGAAUGAUUCCCAAAUGGUAAUGGAAAACUUCAUUCCACCGCUUCUGGAGACGGUAUUAUUUGAUUAUCAGCGCACUAAGGUUCCAAAUGCCCGCGAACCUCUGGUGUUGAGUACGAUGGCAUCGAUCGUGAAUAAACUGCAGUCGGUCAUCACACCUGAGAUACCGAAAAUAUUCGAUGCUGUGUUUGACUGUACGCUGGAUAUGAUCAAUAAAAACUUCGAAGACUACCCGCAGCACCGAACCAACUUCUACGAACUGCUGCAAGCCGUGAAUACGCACUGCUUCAAGGCGUUCCUGAGCAUUCCGCCGAAUCAGUUCAAGCUUGUUUUUGACUCUAUAGUGUGGGCAUUCAAACAUACAAUGCGCAACGUUGCCGACACUGGAUUGAAUAUUCUGAUGCAGAUGCUUCAGAAUCUGGAGCAGCAUCCGCAGGCAGCCCAGAGCUUCUACCAGACGUACUUUACCGACAUUCUGAUGCAAAUCUUCUCGGUGGUGACGGACACUUCACAUACCGCCAGUUUGCAGAACCAUGCCACUAUUCUAGCGUAUAUGUUCUCUCUCGUGGAAGCCGGCCGGAUCACCGUCAGUCUAGGGCCAUCGCCAGACAACGUGCUGAACAUUCAGGAGUACGUAGCGACGCUGUUGAAAUCCGCAUUCAGUCAUUUAACGGACAACCAGAUCAAAAUUUUCGUCACCGGCCUGUUCAAUCUGGAUCAGGACGUGCACGCAUUUAAGGAGCAUUUAAGAGAUUUUCUGAUCCAAAUUAAGGAGGUAACUGGCGAUGACGAUUCCGAUCUUUAUUUGGAGGAACGCGAGACCGAGCUGAAGAAGGCACAGGAAGAGAAGAGGAGAAUUCUGAUGACGGUGCCUGGUAUGAUAAACCCGCACGAACUACCGGAGGAGAUGCAGGAUGAGUAAGGUAAAUGAAAAAAAAAUGUUAAGUGGCGAUCAAUAGAGCGGUAGAAUGGUAAAGAAAAAAUAAGUAGCAACAAAGUAUGAAGCGGUAGUUUUUUGUGAAUUAAGCAUUCUUCUUAAAAAAAAAAGAAUUUAUUUUUUUCUUUUUUACAACAAUAAAACAUGGAAUAAGUUCAAAAUAUACACCUAAUAGUUCAGUUUUGUAGCAGUGCAGACAGUUCAAAAAUGGUAAAAAUACCGACACAUUCACCUUCUGAACACUUAUCACAAACAACAGCAUAUAUGCAACUGGAAGCGAAACUGAACUAAACCGUAGCAUAACUUACAACAAAAAAAAACACCGCCAGCGAAUCCCAGUUAUAAGAAAAAGGUAUCAUUUAAAUCUGAAGGCUAAACAAUGCCUCCAGUAUGUCUGAUUGUCGGUUUGCGUUGAUGAUUGCUUCUCAGUAGUUGCUGCUACAUUUUUGAUAGGAAUGAGUUAGUGUGUGGUUAUUUUUAUAAAUAAACAAAAAGCAAGCGGAAUAUUGUCCUUUUUUAUUACAUUUUACUACUAACUUUUAAGAUGCAAACUACUAAAAUAAUAUCUAUUUUCGGAUUGACGCGUGUUGGUUAGAAUGUAUGAAAUCUGUUGAUUAUUAUUGUUCCCAUUUUUCAAACUUUUCCGUUUUUUUCCUUAUAUUUAGAGCGUGAUUAAGUUAGUCUAACGACAGCAAACUGACAGAGUAGAAGAGAUUUGGUUAGUCGAGCGUGAGCGAACACAGGAUUAGUUACUAUACAUACUUCUGCAUUACAGUUUGAUUCGGAUAAAGGAUUGAUGAACGGAUAGUUUAGAACAGUAAGGAGAAGAGAGAGAGAUAGCGAGAGCAAGCAGAGUAGAGGUACGAGGUUGGAUGUAUUUUACUGGACGAGAAUCGUGGUAAGGGUUUUAUGCUGCAGUAGUGUUUAAAGUUUAUCAAUAGAACACGUAUAAAACAACACGAGUAUCGAUAGGAAGAAACAUAAAGAAGAAAAAAAUUAAGCACUAAUAAUUUAUAAGAGGUAAGAAUUGAAUACUAGUAGCGAUUACAUCGUAUAAGAGUGUUAUAGGAGAUGUUGAGUAACAGACAAACACAAAUCUGAAUACAAUACAGAAAAUAGGGUUCUUCUUAAAAACUAGUAAAAAAACAAAAAGAUAACGAAAUGAAGUAACAAAAAUGUAUGCCUGUUUGAAUGUUUGUUUGUGUGCAACCAUACUCGGAAUACAAGAAUCAUUUGUGAAAAGGUAAACAUUGGAUGAAAAGCAAAUUACAAAAGUUUGUCAACAAAAAAGUAAAUGAGCGGAAAUUGAGAUUUAUUUGCGUAACAACACGUUGUGGUACGUUUUUUGACAAAUUAUAACACUGCAAGAAGAAAUUCGAAAAAGUAAAUAAAGCCAGAAUCAUUUACUAUCUCAUGUAGAUCGUACCUUAA